AUGUGUGAAGCGCCAGAAACCUUUUUUGAUAAUUUUCCAAAGAAUCCAACAGCUGAAGCGCUUCUUAAUGUUAAUUCGUUACUACAGUUUGCGGGCAAUAUUGUUACAUUUUGUGAACUCCAAGGCAAAGCUUUGUACCUGGUCAAAACUGAUGUUGGAGGAAAUAUAAAGAAAAUAAGCAAUUCGUGUGAUAAAUACAAUGCCUCCACGGUCGAGGAAAUGUUGGUCAAGGAGAGGGAAGCUAAGGUCAAUAAGAACGAUAACUCUGGAUCUAUUGGCCUCUUAUGGUUAACGAGGGCGGUAGAAUUAGUGAUUGAGGUGAUGGUGGAACUGCCUACAUCUCCAGACCGUAACAUGCGAGAUAUCGGACGCUCUGCUUAUGCGAAGACGCUUAUGAAACACCACAAUACCAUAAUGAAGAACCUUUUUUACACUGGUUUGGCACUCUUCCCCGACAAGCAAACCUUCCUUUUGCGUUUGGCUUACAACAAGCCAAACAUGGAUACUCAGGUUCUAGAUGCGAUGAAGGAAUUUGUUGGCCAAUACAGAGGCGUUUUGGAAACUGUUCAACAAAUACUUGUAAAAUACGACAUUGAAGAUAGUCCACCCAAAGAUAUGGAGAUUCCAAAUGCUCCGUGA